UUAUAGAUGAUCUCACUAUAUAUAUAAGUCCAACCAAUGAGGUAUGCCAUGCAUAUUGACUGUCCACUUUGCUUGACCAAAACAAGGAUAUGCUAAAAAUAAACAAAUUAGGAUAAGGGAAAAAUAAAAAUAAAAUGAAAAAUGUAUUUAUGUCCUAAAAUUAAAGUUCUGUGCAGUGACAGCGUAAAUUACUUGACCAUGGGGCAUGAUGUGGACAUAGGACAAAGGGCAGCCCGGUACACUAAAGUGUUUGCUAUGCGCAUGGUCCGGGGAUAAGGGUGUAUUGUACGCUGUCUUACCUUGCAUUUCUGCCAGAGACUGUUUUCAAGGCUUGAACCCAUUACCUCCUGGUCACGUGACAACAAUUUUACCGGUUACUCCAAGGCUCCCCUUCAUGCUGUGGACAUAGGGAAGCCGGUAAAUUACACAAGUAGGCUCAAGUUGUAUCGUACUUAGUAGUUCAACAGUUUUUUUGUGUAAAAAUAAGACUAUUUCUUCUGUAUAGAGAGAAAUAUUGAGUGAGAGAGAGAUUAACUUCAAAGGGAAAAGGUGUCGAGAUACAUAUUUCAAGUAAAUACAUGUAACUUUGUGAGAUGAAUGAUGUUCAACACAUCUCUUUUCUGUUAAAGUACAAAGAGAGUUGGAGAACUAGGCAUCAUGGAUUAUUAUACACUUGUGUUGGGAUCGAUUUUUGCCUUGAGUUUUCUUUAUAUUAUUGCGAGAUUAUCCAGUAGUGGCAGCAAAAAACUUCCACCAGGACCAUCACCAUGGCCAAUUAUUGGAAACUUUCACUUGUUAGGUGCGAAACCACAUGUAUCACUGGCCAAUCUUGCAAAAGCUUAUGGUUCAAUCAUGAGUUUAAAAGCAGGCCAAAUAACAAUAGUGGUCAUUUCUUCAUCGACUAUAGCAAAACAAGUCCUUCAGAAACAAGACUUAGCCUUUUGUACUAGAUUUAUCCCUGAUGCCCUUCAAGCACACAACUAUUGCAGAUUUUCUUUGACAUGGCUUCCUGUUUGUCCCCAAUGGCGAAUGCUUCGGAGAAUCUUGAACACCAACCUCAUCUCUUCAAAUAGGCUUGACGCAAAUCAAAAUCUAAGUUCUCAAAAGGUGAAAGAAUUGAUUGCUUAUUGUGCAAAAUGUAGUCAAGAAGCUAAAGUUGUGGAUAUAGGUGAAGUUGCUUUCAAGACUAAUCUCAACUUGUUGUCCAACACCCUUUUCUCCAGGGACUUGGCUGAUCCUUUUUCGGAUGCAAAGGCUGAGUUGAUGGACGUGAUUUCAAGCAUCGUUGAUGUUGCUGGGAAGAUCAACCUAGUGGAUUAUUUCCCCAUACUUGAAAAGAUUGAUCCACAAAGAAUAAGGUAUCGCACAAACAUCCAUCUUGGUAAGUUGUUCAAACUCUUUGGUGGUUUGAUCAAUGAGCGGUUGGAGGAAAAGAAAAGGAACCACACUGAGAAGAGUGACAUUUUAGAUGUGUUUCUCAACCACAGUGCUGAAAAUCCUGAAGAGAUCUGUCAAAAUCAUUUAAAUUCCAUGCUAAUGGACUUAUUUAUUGGUGCUAUUGAUACAACUACCAGCAUAUUAGAAUGGGCAAUGGCAGAAAUACUUAGACAACAAGAAAUUCUGAAGAAAGCUCAAGCUGAGCUUGCAGAAGUCAUUGGAAAAGGAAAACCAAUAGAAGAACCAGAUGUAUCUCGACUUCCUUACUUGCAAUUUAUCGUCAAAGAAACAUUAAGACUGCAUCCACCAGCUCCAUUGUUAAUCCCUCGCAUAGUGGACCAAGAUGUUGAAUUGUAUGACUAUAUCAUCCCGAAGGGUUCAAUGGCACUGGUCAAUGUGUGGGCGAUUGGUCGAGAUUCUUCUUUUUGGAAGGACCCUUUGGUGUUUAAACCUGAGAGAUUCAAGAGUUUAGAAUUGGAUGUGCGAGGAAAUGAUUUUGAUUUGAUUCCAUUUGGUUCUGGCCGAAGAAUAUGUCCUGGAUUUCCCUUAGCAUUGAAAUUGAUUCCAGUAAUGUUAGGCUCGAUGUUGAAUUCGUUCAUUUGGAAACUUGAGGCAGGCAUAGAGCCAAAAGACUUGGACAUGGAAGAGAAAUUUGGAGCCAUCUUAUCCAAAGCUCAUCCUUUGCGAGUUAUCCCAUCUCCUCUUUGAUGUUGUUGAAUCACUGUAUACUAGCUUAUCCGCAAUAAGAAAUUAAACAUUUUAACUUUAAAAAGUAGAGAUUAAAUACGUGUUUGUAUACAAAAGAUAUAUCUGACAUUCAGUAUUGAUUUGAUGUAAACAUCGAAAAAUGUGUCAAACAAAUACGAAUACCUAAAGUUAAUAAUUUAGGUGAGUGGUCUAUUGUUUGACAACUUAUUCAUUGUUAAUUAGAGUUUGAGAUGUAAUUGAGAAAUAAUUACUUUUUGAGUUAGCAAUAACAUUAUU